CAGCGGCGGCGGCGGCGGCGGAGGCGGCGGAGGCGCCCGGUCCUGGCCGCGCGGAGCGGACAUGUGCAGGCUGGGCUAGGAGCCGCCGCCUCCCCCCCGCCCAGCGAUGUAUUCAGCGCCCUCCGCCUGCACUUGCCUGUGUUUACACUUCCUGCUGCUGUGCUUCCAGGUACAGGUGCUGGUGGCCGAGGAGAACGUGGACUUCCGCAUCCACGUGGAGAACCAGACGCGGGCUCGGGACGAUGUGAGCCGUAAGCAGCUGCGGCUGUACCAGCUCUACAGCCGGACUAGUGGGAAGCACAUCCAGGUCCUGGGCCGCAGGAUCAGUGCCCGCGGCGAGGAUGGGGACAAGUAUGCCCAGCUCCUAGUGGAGACAGACACCUUCGGUAGUCAAGUCCGGAUCAAGGGCAAGGAGACGGAAUUCUACCUGUGUAUGAACCGGAAAGGCAAACUCGUGGGGAAGCCUGAUGGCACCAGCAAGGAGUGUGUGUUCAUUGAGAAAGUCCUGGAGAACAACUACACAGCCCUGAUGUCGGCCAAGUACUCUGGCUGGUACGUGGGCUUCACCAAGAAAGGGCGGCCACGGAAGGGCCCCAAGACCCGGGAGAACCAGCAGGACGUGCACUUCAUGAAGCGCUACCCCAAGGGGCAGGCAGAACUACAGAGGCCCUUCAAGUACACCACAGUGACCAAGAGGUCCCGGCGGAUCCGCCCCACGCAUCCUGGCUAGGCCGGCCUGCCGUGGCCCCCGGCGGCCCCAGCCCACACUCACACUCACAGAGAACUGCAUCAGAGGAAUAUUUUUACAUGAAAAAUAAGGAAGAAGCUCUAUUUUUGUACAUUGUGUUUAAAAGAAGACAAAAACUGAACCAAAACUCUUGGGGGAGGGGACGUGAUAAGGAUUUUAUUGUCUUAAAAUCCCCUAUGACAAAACACUCACGCAAAGGGAUGGUUGUCAACCCACAGGUGCUUGUCUCUCUCUAGGAACAGACAACUCUAAACUUGUCCUCGGAGGAGGAUUUGAAUGAGGAAAACGACAGUCUCAGAAACCAAAGUCCUUUUUCCCAAAGGUUCUGAAAGAAAAAAAAAAAGCAAAAACCCAUAAAAAAACAAAAAACAAAAACAAAGACAAAGAGAAAGUAGUAACCCCCCAACUGCCCUCUUUCCCAAUCCCCUAUCCCUGCCCCAAAGUCCAACAAAAAUCGCUCUCUGGUUUGCAGUCAUUUAUUUAUUGUCUGCUGCAAGCUGUCCCGAGACACCGCGCAGGGAAGGUGCGCCCCUGGGAAUUCUCGGCGCCUCGACUUCCGACGACAGACGGCCUCGUCCAAUCAUGGUGACCCCGCAUUGCUCUCAGUUCUGGAGGAUGCUGCUAUCACCCUUCCGUGACUCACACGACCUAGUACACCAAUGAUAAGGGAAUAGUUUAAAACCAGCUAUAUUAUAUAUAUUAUAUAUAUAUAAGCUAUUUAUUUCACCUCUCUGUAUAUUGCAGUUUCAUGAACCAAGUAUUACUGCCUCAACAAUUAAAAACAAUCAACGAAUUA